UUUUUUUUUAUUUGAGCAUUCUAAAAGGCUAAUUGCAACAUUGUUCCAUAGAAGUUAUUCCAUUGAACAGGGACUUCUUUUGCUACUGAUAUGUAAUUAAGAAAAACAUCCUCUUAACGCAGGCAUCUGGUAAUUGUGAAUAUCUUUGAUAAAAUAGCUCUUUACAUUUGGGUUAAAUUACUGAUAGCUCACCGACGAAAUGACAGCUAAAUGAAGGUUAUUUUUAACCUGACUUUUGAUUGUGUAUUUGAACAGGAAAAAUUCCUUUAAAAUUACGUAUUUACGUCAAAUGAACGGAUAACAUUUCCUCAUUGUGGUCAUUAUCCCGUGUGAAGUCCAAGAUGCAACAUAUCAAAGAUGGCCGACAAUGCUAGAAGAUGGCUGCCGCUUAGGAGAUCUUAACAGCCCGACAACCGACACUAACCAUCAAUAGCGUAAGCUGGGUAACAAAAGAGCAUAAAACAGUAGAACCGUGGGCUCACUACUUCAAAGAGGAGUUCUUGAACAGAGAAUCACUUCACUCGUAACUGAUAAGACAGCAAGCAGUCUUUGAAAAAUUCUAUUAACCGGAGAUUGACAGAACAAAGACACUGUUUGGUGCAUCCUUUUCUGUAUCAAGGGGACUUCACGGACUUUAACGACUGGUGCCCACUUCGAUAAAAGAAUUUACCAGGAGUUGUUGCCUCUGUAACAUUAUCGGAUUAUUUUCAUCGUAUAAACAUUCGAUUGACAAAGAUCUGUUCGUUCAUUCGGAGAUUUCCUCUGGCUUUUCGCUCACAAAAGUCGGAUUGAAAACUGUUGACUUCAUAGGAUUAACUGGAAAGACAAGGUAAUAACAAACGAUAUCUUCAAACACAGAAGAAACAGUCAUUUUGUCAGCGAAAACAAACAAUAGUGGUCAUCAAACAAAACGCUUACAGGCUCGUGCUGCUUAUCGCACAUUCUAAUCGAUGGAACAAAAUUUCUUUAUAAUGUCGAUUUCCUUUGCGAGUUGAUACCGGCUUUUUGUAUCAGUUGUUUCUAAGGCCAAUUAGCAAAAGGACGCGGUGGAAACUGGGCAUCUAUCAAGGCAUAUAUUCUGAUGUGUACAAAUAUAGUUUUAUUCCUAUAGCCAAGCUGUCAUGUCAGGAGACUAUAAAGCGUCUAUGAGAGAUUAACUAAGUAGGAAACGUCGAGAGCAAACACAUCAAUAAUAUAGACGUAACAGUUAGCGACAAUGGCUGAGCCAAGAAUUAAUUAAAUUUACUUGUGUUUCAUAUAUACGAAGAGACAGCUGAGAGUGAGUCAUUUUCUUAUCUUGGGCGUACCGAUAAGGCAUACUGCACAGAUGGCAAACAACACAUCGCUUGAUGUCAUGAGCCACAAUGACUCGACCAAAAAUCAACCGAUGGUCAUGAGAGCAAUGGAUGAAGCUACAGUCAUAGUGUGGUCGGCGGCAUUCAUCUUAGAGAGCAUACUKAUUGUUAUCGGUAACUUCCUCACCAUUUUAACAUUUCUUAACUACAGACUUCGUCAAAAUCGUACGUUCUACUUCUUGAUUAACCUGGCCCUUGCUGACUUUGUGAUGGGAUGUUUUACUAUUCCACUUUUUGUUUUUGUUUUUGUUCAAUAUUUUCGCGGCGAUCGCAUCGAUAAAGACAUGAUACUUACUCACAACAUUGUCGAGGUGUUCAGCGAGUAUUUAGCAAUAUUCUCGUUAGCGUUAGUAUCUUUAGAGAGAAUGUUUGCUGUAGUGUGGCCUUUAAAGCAUCGACGCACUGCCUUUUACACAUAUAUCAUMUGCAUCAUAAUCACAUGGGCGUUGGCUGCGGUCGUACCGACGUUAGCUCACGCCUCAGACCCAGUUGCAAAACGUGCUGCGUAUUAUCUGUACUUUAUCUUCUUCACGACUGCAUUACUCAUCAUAUGUAUCUCCUACUUGAUCGUAUGGUCCUGGGUCACGUGUUUACGACCUUCUGUAAUCAACAGACACCAUGAGGCUGAUCGCAGAUUGGCACGUACUCUCGUCCUGGUAACARUAGUGUCAUUAGUYGCCUGGUUACCAUUCCAGUUGAUUACCUACGUCAUGAAUCUCUGUAAAACCUGUGAAAAAAUCCCRGUUAUUGUAGUGUAUUUGAGUAAAAUACUGCAUUAUGGGAACUCUCUGGUCAACCCUAUCUUGUACUGCUUUCGUAUUCCUGACUUCUAUAAAACUACUUUGAGUAUCUUGAAGUUGUCACGUGAUCRCCGUGCUUUGGAUGGACCUGAUUCGAUUGCAUUACGAAGACAUGAGGACAUGAGYCAUCUUGCGUGUACGUCCAGGUGUAACUCCAAUAUCAUGCAGUCCUCGCCAGUUAUGAAAUCAGUAGAAAGUUGUUUGACAGUUUAAAUCAAAUCACGAGAACAACUGGUUCAUCACGAGAACAAACAAAAAAUUUACUGUAAGAUUUGUACUGUAUAAAUCACAAAGAAUCCAAAAAAUGAUAAAUGRACAACGACUGGAGUCGAUAAAGAUCGUAUAGUAAUACUUCACAUUGUAAAUAAGAGGUUGUCAGUAUAUGAAUAUAAUUAAAUCAGCCGUACUUUAUGCUAUUAUCGUACAGACAUACAAUGUAAUUCAUUCAACGUAGGGUGUACAGUACAAAUGAAUACUUAAAGAGGUGUAAAAUAAAAUAAUAAUCAUGAGGAGAAGUACUACACGUAUAUAAUAAUUAAUGUAUGAUGCCAAUUAGUUUCUCUUCCUGGAAUCUUCAACUGUUAAAUGUAAAUGUAAUAGAAAGGCAGGGGAAAUCGAAAUUAAUUUAAUAAGUUCAUCCCAUUUUUUCAAAUAAAAGGCGAGGCUAGAGCAAUCCCUAGUACAUUAAUUAUGGCCAAAGAAACCUCUUUUACUCGAAUAUCGUGCAACCAAUCGGAAAAUAUUGUAAGUAAUUAGUCAUGAAUGACUCUUUCCAGUAAAUCGUUUCACAGCUGUUAACUUCAAAUAAAGGUGUCGUUGUGUGUUAAACCGCAGUGAAUCAAUCAAUUUKUCCUUUU